GGUCUCAAUGCAUGCGAUAGCGAUAUUGUAAGACAACUACACCUAAGGAAGAAUCAUCACAUUUGUCCUCAGUUCUCGUGAAUAAUGUCAGUUCUGCCUGCCAACGGAAAUAAUUGUACAAGGUCGACGAAUCAGGCCAGAAUCAGGCCUUGAGCCGUCACGGCGAUCAUCUCAAUAACUUGGCCCAAACAGCGAUGGCCUUUUCUAAUCUGUCCCAUCACGAAAAGGAUGCAUUCUUUUCUCUGCUAGACGAAUAUUUCCAAUCUCGCCCUGAGCUCGCAACUAAAUUGCAAGGUGCAUCUGGAAACAAUGAUGAUGGAUCCGGAGUCAACGUCAGCCAAGUUGCUGGCCGCGUAGCUGCUGCUGCCUCUGCAUUUAAUAAUGCUCCUCCACCAAGUCGGCACGCGCCUCCUAGGAAUCUUGAACCUCCAGCCGGUCUUGUUUCAAAACAACGACUCGGCGACGUCGACACCUCAUCGAAGAAAAGCAUGCUAGUUUCUGGCUUGUCACGGAAACAACCCAUUGUCCACAACACACCCAUUGCUCCCCCCGCCUUCGCAUCGAAGAAGAAUAAUUUCGCGCCUCCCCCGCCACACAGAGCUCCAGAACCAGAGCCAGAACCGGAACAAGAGGAGGAACAGGAUGAAUGGGCCGAGGCGUUGUAUGAUUAUGUUUCGCAAGAUCCCGCAGAUCUUCAAAUACGGGAAAAUCAACGAAUAUUGGUAACUGAACGAACAUCUAACGAUUGGUGGACAGGCGAAGUGGAUGGAAAGAGCGGAUUGUUCCCCGCUACAUACGUGAAGCUCUUGUGAAUUUUGAAAUUGUAGGGCACUCGGAUUGUACUUGAUAUCCUUGAAGUAUCUUCGAUUCGAAGUGUAAUGGAGGCACUGCAGAGCAAACGCGAAACUCCCAUUCAGAGUUCAAAGACCAGGACGACAGGCCAGACGCUGACCUACGCUGACGCAUAAUCUAGAUUAUUGGGGCUAUGCAGCAACUUCUAUCCUCAGCGUCGUCCGACCUCUCCACUCUCAUAUCAUCUCCCUAAUCACUCGUGACUCAGGACUACAAAUAUAUCUUGAAUGCAAGAGAAAGUAUUGGACCGACGAAGAUCAAGAGUGUCACUAUUAGUACUGGGGAAAAUUAUGGGCGUAUUGGCAACAACCUGGCUCAACGAGGGUACUUUUUCAUCAUCUCCUAAAAC